AUGGCAAAGCCUCAGAGCAAGGAUUCGGGACUGAAGGAGAAGUUCAGGAAUCUCCUGGGGCUGGGAACAUCCCGGGGAAGUUCCAAGUCGUCGGAGGGCAAGCAAACAGAGUUUAUCAUCACUGCGGAGAUACUCAAGGAACUGAGCGUAGAAUGUGGAUUAAGUAACAGGAUACGAGCCAUCAGUCAAGUUUGUGAAGUGGCAAAAACAAAAAAAAUUGAAGAGCAUGCAGUGGAAGCGAUAUGGAAGGUGGUGGCUGAUAUGCUCCAGCCAGAGCGCCCCGCUGAAGCCAGACACGCUGUUCUUCAUCUGCUGAAGUCGAUCGUUCAAGGACAGGGUGAGAGAUUAGGGAUCCUCAGAGCACAUUUUUUUAAGGUUAUUAAGGACUAUCCCUCCAAUGAAGACUUGCACGAACGGCUUGAAGUGUUCAAGGCUCUAACGGAGAAUGGACGAUACAUCACCUACUUAGAAGAGGAGUUAGCUGACUUUGUCCUACAGUGGAUGGACGUUGGUUUGUCUUCUGAGUUCCUUCUGGUUUUGGUGAACCUGGUGAAAUUCAAUAGCUGCUAUCUGGAAGGCUACGUAGCUGAAAUGGUCCACAAAAUAUGCCUCUUGUGCAUUCAGACUUCGUCAUCUGUGGACAUAGAGAUUUCCCUGCAAGUCCUAGAUGCAGUUGUUUGCUAUAACUGUCUGCCGUCAGAGAACCUGCCGGUGUUUAUCAUCACGUUGUGCCGUACCAUCAACGUGAAGGAGCUCUGCGAGCCGUGCUGGAAGCUAAUGCGCAACCUUUUGGGAACUCACUUGGGACACAGUGCCAUCUACAACAUGUGCAGGAUCAUGGAAGACAGAGCUUACAUGGCGGACGCAGCGCUGCUGAGAGGAGCCGUGUUCUUCGUUGGGAUGGCUCUGUGGGGUGCUCAUCGCCUCAAUUCACUCAAGAAUUCCCCGACCUCAGUGCUGCCGUCGUUCCUCAAGGCCAUGACAUGUCCCAAUGCAGUUGUGUCUUACGAGAUCGUCCUGUCCAUAACACGUCUCAUCAAGAAGUACGGGAAGGAGCUGCAAGCUGUAACGUGGGAUAUCCUUUUGGACAUCAUGGAGCGAUUACUGCAGCAGCUGCAGAGUCUGGAGAGCCAAGAACUUAAGUCCAUUGUACAUGAUCUUUUGACUACAGUCGAAGAACUUUGUGACCAGAAUGAAUUCCAUGGCUCUGAAGAGAGAUUUUUUGAGCUGGUGGAAAGAUGUGCUGAUCAGAGACCAGAAUCUUCUGUAUUAAACUUGAUAACAUACAGAGCUCAGUCCAUUCAUCCUGCCAAAGAUGGCUGGAUUCACAACCUGCAGAUGUUAAUGGAGAGAUUCUUCAGGAACGAAAGCCGUAGUGCCAUUCGUAUUAAAGUUCUGGAUGUCUUGUCCUUUGUCCUGAGUAUUAACAGACAGUUCUACGAGGAAGAGCUGAUAAACCUGGUUGUGAUCUCUCAGCUGGCUCACAUUCCAGAGGAUAAAGACCAUCAAGUCCGAAAACUGGCCACACAGCUACUGGUAGACCUGGCUGAAGGCUGCAACACCCACCACUUCAACAGCUUGCUUGACAUCAUAGAAAAGGUGGCUGCACAUUCUCUCUCGUCUCCGUCUGAACUGGAAGAGAGGGAUUUGCUGUCGUAUUCAGCUUCAUUGGAGGAUGUCAAGACAGCAGUUCUUGGGCUCCUGAUAAUUCUUCAGACGAAACUCUACAGCUUACCCUCCAGCCACGCCAUGCGGGUGUACGAGAUGCUGGUUCACCACGUCCAGCGCCAUUACCUGUACGCCUACAGCCUCGCUGUCGCCAGCAGCAUCAGGUUGCAGGUACGAGCAGUAACCUCUGCUGUCCGGUCGAGGGCUGUCACGUGAAUAGGCUGUUCUGAUCUUGAUUUUCCCUUACACGUGUUUUUUCCUCCCUCUCCGUGUUGUAGAGAAGCAGAGAAGAGGGCUUCUGAGAAAAAGCCUACUGGUACGCUCUCUCCACCUUCAGGAAGUCCCAGCGUGCCUUCCCAGAACGCCACCAUUCGUAUAGGGCACCUGCCCUACUCCAUGGUCUUCGGCGUCCUUCUGCAGUGUUUGAAGCAGGAGACAGACUGGAAGGUGUUGAAGUUGGUCCUCAACAAAUUACCUGAAUCCCUCCGCUAUAAAGUGCUAUUUUUAACCUCUCCUUGUAACAUAGACCUCCUGGCCUCUGCAUUGAGCUACAUGCUCACAGACAAGAAGACCACCGACAGGCUCCACGGUACCCCAGAAGGCUUUUCUCGCACUGAUUUGCACCUGGCUGUAGUCCCAGUCCUGACGGCUUUAAUAUCUUACCACAAUUACCUGGACAAAGCCAAGCAGCGUGAAAUAGUGUAUUGCCUGGAGCACGGUCUCAUUUACCGCUGUGCGAACCAGUGCGUUGUGGCGCUCUCUGUCUGUAGUGUCGAGAUGCCCGACAUCAUCAUAAAGGCCCUUCCCGUCUUAAUUGUCAAAUUAACCCACAUUUCUGCUACAGCCAAUAUGGCAAUCCCUCUCUUAGAAUUCCUUUCAACUCUAGCGAGGCUGCCUCACCUCUACAGGAACUUCGCAGCAGAGCAGUACGCCAGCGUGUUCGCCAUCUCCCUGCCGUACACAAACCCUUCCAAGUUUAACCAGUACAUCGUUUGCCUGGCCCACCACGUGAUAGCCAUGUGGUUCAUUCGGUGUCGCCUUCCCUUCCGAAAGGACUUUGUCCCCUUCAUUACGAAGGGUUUGCGCUCGAACGUCCUCCUUUCCUUCGACGACACACCUGAGAAGGACAGUUUCAGGGCUCGCAGUACAAGCCUGAAUGAGAGGCCAAAAAGUUUAAGACUAGCCAAAAAUGCAAAGCAAGGCUUGAAUAACUCUCCUCCAGUGAAAGAGCUGAAAGAAUCCUCUGCAGUUGAUGCCUUCCGAUCCCGCAGCAUCAGUGUGUCUGAACAUGUGGUCCGCAGUCGGAUACAAACAUCCAUCACUAGUUCAAGCCUGGGCUCUGCGGAUGAGAACUCAAUGGCUCAGGCUGAUGACAACUUGAAAAAUCUCCACCUGGAACUCACUGAGACCUGCCUGGACAUGAUGGCCCGAUACGUCUUUUCAAACUUCACUGCGGUGCCGAAGAGGUCUCCUGUGGGGGAGUUUCUGUUGGCUGGAGGAAGGACGAAGACGUGGCUGGUGGGUAACAAGCUGGUGACCAUCACUACAAGCGUUGGAACAGGGACGAGGUCCCUGCUUGGCCUAGACUCUGGAGAGCUCCAGGGCAGCACAGAAUCAAGCUCAGACCCCGUUUUGCAAGUGAGACAGACAAAAGAAGCUCCAGCCAAACUGGAAUCUCAAGCUGGGCAGCAGGUUUGCAGAAGCUCUCGCAACAGAGUCCGAUCCAUGUCUGGUGGUCAUGCCUUACGGGUUGGUGCCUUAGACAGCUCAGCCUCCCAUUUUCCCAGUGGCUCGGCUUCCCAAGGGACGCAGGGUCCUCCUGCUCCUGCACCUCGAUCAGAGAAAACGAAUCCUGCUCCGCAGACACCUCUGCAGAAAGAAAAAGCAAACUUAGCUGCGUACGUCCCGCUGCUGACGCAGGGAUGGGCAGAAAUCCUGGUGCGCAGGCCCACAGGUAACACAAGCUGGCUGAUGAGUCUGGAGAACCCGCUCAGUCCAUUUUCUUCAGACAUUAACAAUAUGCCCCUGCAAGAGCUCUCUAACGCGCUCAUGGCUGCAGAGCGUUUUAAAGAACACCGAGAAACGGCUCUGUAUAAAUCCCUCUCUGUCCCCUCCUCCAGCUUGGCCACCGGGACGGCCAAACCGUCGCUUCUCCAGCGUUCCAACACAGUGGCCUCUUUCUCUUCCAUGUACCAGUCCAGUUGUCAAGGGAAGUUGCACAGGAGCAUAUCCUGGGCAGAAUCCGCGGUGGUGCUGGAGGAAGGGAGCCCGCUGGAAAUGGAGCUCAAGGAAACCGAGUCCCCAGCCGAGUCUCCGGAGAGCGAGGACGUUGAGACUUCAUGUUCUGAACAAGUCCUGAGCGAGGAAAGGUUCAGGAAACCCCAGGAGUCUUACAGCAGGUCCUCCUCAACCUCCAGCCAAGAAGAAAAGUCUGUGAAGUCGGAAGACCUGGUGGAGGGUGGAAUUCCCAUCGGGAGGGUCCUGCCCUCGGAGGAUGGCCGAACCCUGGAGGAGCUUUCCUUCCAGCCAUCCCAGCCCCUCAGCAAGUCGAGUUCUUCCCCCGAGCUGCAGACGCUGCAGGAGGUCCUCAAAGAUGCCAACGGCAGAGAAGUGACCAGGAGGCUGAGCACGGAAGUGAAAUCAAAAUCCCAGUCUGGGAACCUGGAAGGGGAAGGGUCCGGCAGUUGGCUGGGCAAGGGGGAGGAUGCCAGAGGGACUGGGUCAGGCGGGUCGGACAGCACCGGCCCUGUCACCUCCCCUCGCUCCCCCUCUGGGCACCGGCCCCGAGGCUACACCAUCUCUGACUCGGCCCCAUCAAGGAGGGGAAAGAGGAUUGAGAGAGACGCCUUCAAGAGCAGAACAGCAGCCUCCAAUGCUGAGAAAGUGCCCGGGAUAAACCCCAGCUUUGUGUUUUUACAGUUGUACCACUCCCCAUUCUUCGGCGAUGAAAACAACAAGCCCCUUUUGUUGCCGAAUGAGACGUUUGAGAGGUCGGUGCAGCUGCUGGAUCAAAUCCCGUCUUACGACACGCACAAGAUUGCGGUGCUCUACGUCGGGGAAGGGCAGAGCAACAACGAAAUCGCCAUCCUGUCGAACGAGCACGGAUCCUAUCGCUACACGGAGUUCCUGACCGGGCUGGGGAAGCUCAUUGAGCUCAAAGACUGUCAGCCAGAUAAAAUCUACCUUGGUGGCCUGGACGUGUGUGGGGAGGACGGACAGUUUACCUACUGCUGGCACGAUGACAUUAUGCAAGCCAUUUUCCACAUCGCUACUCUGAUGCCCACGAAGGAUUUGGAUAAAUAUCGCUGCGACAAGAAAAGGCACCUUGGGAAUGAUUUUGUUUCUAUCGUUUACAACGAUUCUGGAGAAGACUUCAAGCUGGGAACAAUCAAGGGUCAGUUCAACUUUGUGCACGUCAUCAUCACGCCACUCGACUAUGACUGUAACCUGGUGACGCUGCAGUGUCGGAAAGACAUGGAGGGUCUCGUAGACACGAGCGUUGCUAAGAUCAUCUCCGAUAAGAACCUGCCGUUCGUAGCCCGUCAGAUGGCCUUGCACGCGAACAUGGCGUCCCAGGUUCACCACAGUCGCUCGAACCCGACGGACACCUACCCAUCCAAAUGGAUCGCGAGGCUGCGGCACAUCAAGCGCUUGAGGCACCGGCUCCGGGAAGAAACCCAGUACCAGACUCCCGGCCUUCCCCUGCAGAUGCAUCCCUCUGCUCCGACCAAGCCCCCUCCCCAGACCCCGCAGGACCCCCCGCCCACCUACGAGACCGGGCAGAGGAAGCGGCUGAUCUCCUCGGUGGACGACUUCACCGAGUUCGUGUAG